AUGGCUGUCAUAUGGAUGAUCCUAGACGGUAGAGGCACCAAAUGGGGGGUCUCCAUACUCCUCAUUGCAUGGGGGAUCUCUCCCUUGCCCCAGAACGCCACGCAGGGUACGGGGGAACACCACCAAACAGGCAACCAUGCCGAGCCACAAGCCCUACUGCGCCUUUCAAUUCACUCCAUGGUCAACAAGGACUCGAAGCUGGUCCGGUUCCGGGGAUCUGGCGACGAUCCCAUCUGGAUCGCCAACGUGGCAAGUGGGACCAAGGGCAAGCGGCUACAGAGGAAAAAAUCGCCUCCACGUUGCGAGAAGACAUCUGGAAUGAUGGUCAACCCGUGGAAAGAUGUGUUUCGGGCAGAAUUCUGGAAAAGUGUGAAGAAGGCAUGGAAGGACAUGGUCGCUGAGGCGAGCGGUGUCCAUGGUACCACCAUCACGUCACCCUGA